UUGCAAUUAGUUGGUUGAAAAUUUUUACAGCAUUCACACGGAGCGCGCUUGACGAUAUUUGUACUGCGGUAGAGAAGAAAAUAUUACAUUGCAAUUUGUAACUUUUGUAAAUGUAGAGCAUUUCUAAAGAAAAAGUUUUAUAUUGUGUCUUAAAGUUUUUUUCUUGAUGAAAAACGAAGAAAAAAAAUAAGAAAUUUACCACUGUGUGUUUGUAAAACAAAAAAAAAAAAAAACUAAAUUCAAAAUUCCAACAAAGUGUGCGUGUGAAAAAAAUGUAAUUCGGAAAAAACCUACAUAUUUUUCAAAAUUAAAGCAAAGCGUGUUUGGUUUAACGAAGAAAGAAAAUUUGCAUUCUUGUUUUUCGCAAGAAAUUUCUUUUUAUAUAUUGAAAAUCGAAAGAAAAACAUAACAAUUAUUAUGUAAAAAGCCAAGUAAAGCGUUUUCAUUUUCAAGCAGAGCCAGCUAAACAGAAAACGACGAAAAACACAGCUACAUCCUCCCAUUCAUUUAUUCAUUCAUUGUUAAACAAAAAUCCAACCAGCCAGGCAGCCAAGGGUUGCAGAAAAAAGCAAAAGAAAAUACUGAGAGCAGAAAAAAAGUUGCAAUUAAAUAGAAAAGUGUUGCACCAUUAAUUGAAAAUAAAUGAAACAUUAAAGAAUUUGUGUGAAUUUUGUAAAAUUAAAUAGAAAAGAAUUCAAUUUUGUGCAAAUAAAAAUCCUUUUUUUUACAUACCUACAAAGUAAGGCAAAAAAGGAGGUGGAAAUAACAAAAUACAGAACUUAACCUAAAAACGUUAUUGAGCGAGAGAGAGCGAACGAAAUAUGCUGAAAGCUGCCGUUUAAACAUCAUUACAAAUAGGUGAGAGCAAUCAAGCCCCCAGUGUGUGAGAGAGAGUGCCACAAAUCACAUUGAGAGGCAACUAAAGAAGUGAAAAAAUAAAAAGAAAAUAAAAGAAAACAAACAGAGCAGCAGCAGACAAGCAAGCAAACAGCCAGCCAGCCCGACAGUCAGUCAGCCAGCCAACAAACUGAAACUGAACUAAACUGAAUAGAACAAGCCGCCGUGUACUCACUUACAAUCACUUCACACAGCUACAUAACUUAAAUAAGAAAAACAACAACAGCAACAACAUUAAAAAAAAAAGAAAACACAGAAAAGCACCGGCAACUGUAAUAACAACAACAAAAACAAGACCACCAUCUCUCAGUGUCAUUUUCUUGACGUUUCGGUCCCAAAUAACCCAUUUUUGCUUGUUUUUAAUAAUAGCCAAAUAAAUUAGAACAACACAACAAACAAAGAGAAACGGAGGAAUAACAAGAAAACAGACAAAGGCAAAGAAGAAGAAAUAAUUUAAUUGAAACUAAAAACAGAAAAUUAAUUAUUACUGGGUUCCUUGGAACCAAAAACACCAACCAACCAUCCUUUCUUACAACAACACAAUUUAAAAGACAACAAAAAUGGACUCAUUAAAGCUAACAAAAGGUUCAUCCUCAACGAACUCAUCAUCUGCCAAUAAUGCCGCCGUUGCUGCCUCCUCCUCAUCCGCCGCCACAUCAUCAACAUCCUCAUCAGCCACCAGCACAAAUAAAUCAUCAUCGGCGGCGAGUAGCUCCAACAACAGCAGCAGCACCAGCACCAAUACCACAGUUCCCAUAACGGUGCGUUUCAAUGCCGGCGAUGAGUGCAUCGAUGAUCUGUUCCAAUCGUUUCACAGUUCAAAUGCUUCCGUGGGUGGUGGCGGCGGUGGUUCGAAUACAAAUCUUUCGGCCACCGGUGGAGGUGGUGGUGGUGGGGGCGGUAUUGAUUCAUUGUCCACAAGUCCUUCACAGCAACAACAACAUCAUCCAGCUUCCUUGAAUAAUCCGGAUGAGGUCAACACCCGUAAUAAUUUUCUACAGGGAAAUUUCUUUAAUCGCAAAAGAUCUGGCAGCAUUGAAGGUGUCUCACCCACAUCUGUUGGACCAAAUCUAAUACAAGCUCUGUCGGGUGGUGAUGCCACGUCUAUGGGCACAUGGAAAAUGAUCAAAGGCAAGGUAUCACAGACAAUUGAAGACAUUAAAUCAUCUAAAGGAAGUAAUUUCACAACGACCACCAUGACACCUCCCGUCUAUCCAACUGUCGUAAUUAAGGGCGGUGAACAACAAAAUCCCCAAAUGGAAUUCGAUUCGGAUCAGGAGACAAAAACCUCCAUCAGCGAGGAUCUUUCAAUGGAACAUGAUCGUCGCAGCAGUGGCGGCAGCAGUAAAAACAAACGCUCCAGCAAAUUGGAAGACUCCGAUACAGAUUUUGAAAAUGAAAUCCUGUUGGAAGGGGACUCUGAACAUUCACGUUUACGUCGGGGUUUUGCCCAUCUCAAAUCGAAAGUAAAGGCCAAACAUGAAGCUCAUCAGGCCAAGAAGGCCUCAACUUUGACCACAGCUGCUGUGCCACCCACGGCCAUAAGGCCAUCUGUGAAGAAGGAUACCAGUCCCAGUAGAAGUACCGGUUCCUCUUCCUCAUCUACGUCACUGAGGGGUAAUUUCUUGAGAAGACGGCGUAAUAAGGGUGUUGAUGCUGCAGAACAGGCUUCGCCCACAAAUAUUUCACCCGUUUCCGCCUUGGCAGCCACUGUGGCCAGUGGAGAAAUGGCUGCCGCCGUCCCAGUUGUUGUUAGUGGCAAACCCGCCAAGAAAUCCUCCAAAUCUGUGGUGGAUGGUGAGAAGGCCAAAAAGGACAUAGAAAUUGAAUCGGGUGUGGAAAUGUUGGAAGACAUGAUACCACCCGUUGCCGUUAGCCAUAAUGAUGGCGAUAGCACCACUACCCAGAACGAUCAUCAGGCAAAACGUGAUGAAUUAGAUUUGCCUCUGUCACAGACAACCAGCACCACAGCAGCUGGUGGAACAACAGCAUCAAGCCAUGAGGUUAAGGUGCUCUAUGAAAAUCCGGCAACCAUUACCAAUGUACCAUCCUAUGAUUCAUUGAAAUCCAGCACCACAUCGAACAUGCAACAAAAUGGCCAUGGGGCGGCGACAUCGACCAGAGAAAAAUUGCGUAACUCCAUGACGCUAAUUGUAGAUCGCGCCAAGGCCUUACCGCUGCUUUCCAUAUUGGGUAUAAUUGUCAUACUCAUACUACCCAUCCACGAUUUUAUACGCGGCGUCCUGACAUGUAUCCUAAGUAUUAGCAUUAUAGAGGCUAUAUGGCAAUUGAUACAAAAUGUUAUUGAAUACUUCACCAUCAGCAUAAAACCGGAAAAGAAAAAGUUCCAAAUACCCGAUUAUAGUAAAAUGUCGAUUUGUGAGGUGCCAGCCGUAGAGGAGUUUAAGACGGUGAAAUCUUAUAAGGGCUGGAUGAACGAAGUUGACAGUUAUGAUCCAAAUACCUUUCACAUAUCUAUGCUACGCCCGGUUUAUAUCAAAUUGGACGGUUCCGUUUUACAUAUCUCCAAUACCAAUGCCCGCAUACCCAAACGGGCAAUGUGGAAUGAACCACCCAUAGAUCGUAAAUCGAUUGUAUUUACAACCCACCGUAGUUAUAAUUUAUUGGGUUGUCGUAUUGAACUGUUGCCCAUCGGUUUAGCUAGGAAAAGACAUUUCAGUCGCAAAUAUCCCAUACAGUUGAUAGUGAAACCCUAUAAGGAGGGUAAAAGUAGCAAUACCAAUGGUGAAGUUUCCAAACCCAUUGCAUCGAAACAUCGUCGAUUUAGUCGACAUCGUGUCAAAACAGACAAACCGGAAGUCAAGGAGACAAACGAUCCCAAACAAACACAAACGGAAGGUGUAAAGACCGAGGCUGAAAUCGAUUUCGGAGCCACAAUUAUGAAUGCUGACAAACUACAAGAUGACGUAAAUCCCGAUGAGGAUCUAAAUGCCAUUACCGUACCCUGUGGCGAUGAAGUGCGUAUUUUGUUAUUUGCCCGAGCAGCUAGGGAGAAGGAAGAUUGGUAUCGACGUUUCGUGUGUGCCAGCAACGGUGAUGUCAAUGAUCAAGAUUUACAUUUGAGCAAUGUAAAAUUAAUUGAUGACAAAGGUCUACAAGCGGCAGCCACCCGGGCUGCCCAAAUGAUAAUCAAUCCAAAGCCUAGAGAGAAUUCAGCAACAUCGGUGAAAUUUACCGUGCCCGAGUCACAGCAAUCUUCAUCGUCUAUCACUUUCAAUAUUGAUGACAAUUUUGAUGUUCCGGAAAAGGAGGAACCCGUGGAAAAUGAAGAUGAUUUCGUUGAUGUCAUGGCUGAUGAUUCGGAGUGUAUAGAGGGUCUUUUGAUGACUUCAGGAGCGGCACGUAAUGAUACGGAUUAUAUUAAGUUUAUGUCGUUGUAUCAAAAAGCUUGUAGACAAUCAAGAAUUCCUGUUUACAAAGGAACUGUAAUGCCAGCAACGAGUGGCAAAAGGAGUCAUAAACGUACUGUACGCCAUGAAAACGAGUUAUGGAAGGGCAUUGAUCAGUCCCUGUUUUUGGGUCCCUCGGGCAGUGUGGUGUGGGCCAAUGUUUUGGCUGGACGCAUCAUCUAUAGUACAUUACAAAAUGAACUGAUUUUGGAAAAAUUGCAGGAGAUUUUACAAAGGAAAUUGCAUUCCAUAAAGCUUCCCAGUUUCAUGGAAGAUGUCGUUAUCAAAAACAUCGAUUUGGGUGAUAAACCCCCAUUGAUGCAUCGUGCAUCCCAACCGUUGUUGGAUGAACGUGGCCUGUGGCUGGAUAUGGAUAUUACCUAUGAGGGCCUAUGCCAAAUUACGGUUACCACAAAAUUAAAUCUAUUACGUUUGAAACGUCCUGCACGCAGCAGUAAUUAUAUGGGAGAUUCGAACUAUGCACAAAUGUCAAAUUCACCUCAAUAUUCGACUUUAUUGAAUAAUGAUUUGGCUGGUACAAGUGGUAGUGGUGGAGGUGGUGGUGCUGGAGCUACUGGUGUUGGUGGAGCAACGUCACGUGAUCCCAAUGAUGAUGUUAUGCCUUUAGAUAUACCCCUGCCAACGGGUAGUGCAAUCUAUGACAGUGAUGCCGAGAGUACUGGUAGUUCAAGUACCGAAUCGGAGGGUUCCAUAACCGGUUCAAUGGGUGAAAAUCCUAACAGUGUUAAUGAGGGCUCCACAACAAAUCCCGGUAAUGCCAGACGUAUUUUCAAGUUUGUCGAUCGCAUUGCUACUUCCAAUUUUUUCCAAUACGCCACGGAAUUGUCAUAUGUCCAAAAGGCCAUGGAAAAUAUGAGUACCACCAUAACGUUGGGUAUCGACUUGCAUGGUUUGGUUGGAAGAGUUACUGUGAACAUGCCACCACCGCCUUCGGAUAGAGUGUGGUUAGCGUUUCGUGCUCCACCACGCCUGUGGCUAACAGCUCGCCCUACUGUGGGUGAUAAAUCGGUGGACUGGAGUAUUGUCACCAAUGUCAUUGAGGGCAAAUUGUGUGAGGCUGUGAACAAAUAUUUGGUAUAUCCCAAUAUGGUGGAUUUGACGAUACCAUUUUUGGGUAAAUCUGCCACGAGUGAAUGAUUUACAGUCUGAUAAAACCAGGAGGGGCUUAAAUCCAUCCCCUAGCCGGCCAAGGAGUAUGAGAGAAAUAAACUACAUUUUAAGAAGGCAAACCAUAUUAUAUCCUUGUAUUUAUAUUCCAAUAAUUUUCUCUAAGAAAAUUAUGAAAUUUUAAACAUUACUUUUUUUUGUUCAUUUUUCUUUCAAUUCUGAGAAAAUAGUUUUACUAUUUUGUUUCCAAAAAAAUCUUAUUUUGAUCCUCAAUAUUCCUACAAGUAUUAUGAUAAAAAGAAAACAAGCAAAAGACAUAGUUUUGGGUGUUGUUUUAAUUUUUAAUUUUAUUUUACAAUAUAAUUAAUUUAUAUCAAUACUUUUUUAUACCUCCAUUUAUAUAUACUUUAUACUCUUACCACAGACAUUUAUAUUUAUUGUAUUUAAUAUAAACAUUAAUUUUUUAUACAAUUUAAAAAAGGUAUUUAUUAUAAUUAUUAUUAUCGUCAUUAUCAUCAUCAUCUCUGAAAUGGAACACUGAAUGUGAAUGUGGUUACGUUAGUCUGACUAAACUAAAAUUUCCAAGUUUUUGUUUUUAUAUCGUUCUAAACAAAGAAAAAACAAAAAAACCACAAAAAUUUAUCUUAACGUUUUAUUAAAAAAAAAAACAACAAAAUCUAAACUUUGCCGAUAAUAAUAGUUACCAACAAUAAAUUAAAAAAAUCCUAUAUCAAUACUGAGUUAACUCUUUGAACAUUUUAUCUGCGAUUGAUUUACCGAUGAUCUUUAUCUAAAAUAUAAAACAAAACAAAAAAACAACUGAAACGGAAAUUGCCAAUUUUUUGUAGCUUAGAAAGUGACGGAAAUUUUUAAAUGGCAUAAUAUUAAGUUAUACCUACCUAGUACUCUUUU